UCUGGGCGCCUGUCCUCUUCCUCCGCCCAGGCCGCCGACCCCCUGGCUCCCCAGCGGGGCCUCCUCCUGCCACGUGACGCCCCCGCCAGGGGCCCCAGCGCCCUCCUCGCGGACGCGCCGUUCCGGCUCCCGGGCUCCGCCUGUGCGCGGCCUCCUCGGCGCAGCCAUCCUCACGGCUGCCGAGGGCGGCAAAGCCCACGGCAUCUGCCAUUUGUCACUCAGCCUGUCGGGACCGCCCCGAGCCCUGAUUUAGACCCGUCUGGGGCGUCUUCUGGCCUCACUCGCCUGGCGGACUGACGGACGAACGGACGGGGCGGCUCUCCUCCCAGCCCAGCGGACCGCGGGCCUGGGCGCGCGGGGCGCUUCCCCGGUUGCCGUCAUGGCCGCGGAGGCGGCACGCCCGAGCAGCCGCGCCUGAGUUCCGGGGGGCUCGUGACCCCACAGGCUUUACAACAGUGGACAUUUCCUUUAUCCUGGAUUUAGUGUUUCCUGUCUAAAAGGUUGUUCCCACCUGACAGCAUCACCACUGAUUUUGAUUGCUCUUAUGUCUGAUGUGGCCUCUGUUUCAUGUCACAUCUAAAAAGCCUCUGUUCCUCAAGCCUAGAAAGGUAUUUGCAUAGGAAUCAGAGGCAUUAAUCUUAUGUGUAAGAUCUUUUCUUACAGAUUUGACUCCUCAAGCAAACGUCUGGGAGGACCCUGCGACCAGGAGCAUCUCGUAGCUGUUUCCUGUCACCGAGAAGACAGUCUGGUGACCGGGACAUGUCCCAGCUCUAGUGAUGCAGAUUACCUUUCUGUUCCUGGAAUCUCAUCUGUGCCUCAGCCUUUCUUCUCUCACCUUGAGACUGCAUAUAAUUGGGAUGUGGGAAAGCAGGAAGCCAAGCUAGUGGUCACUGAGAGGCCCGUGUGUGGGUAGAAGCAGGCCCAGAACCACGACGCUGCCUCUCCCCUGGAGUUCAGCUGCCCUGGCUCUGCCGAUGCGCUCAGCACCAUCCUUCCCUUUGUGCUUAAAUGGCACAGCACUUGGUCAGCGCAUCUGAAAAGGAAGGUGUGAGAAGCAAAGCCCAUGGCCACCUACCCCUGCCAGUUAUGUGGCAAGACGUUCCUCACCCUGGAGAAGUUCACUAUCCACAAUUAUUCCCACUCCAGGGAGCGACCUUUCAAGUGCUUGCAGCCAGACUGUGGCAAAGCCUUCAUUUCCAGAUAUAAAUUAAUGAGGCACAUGGCGACCCAUUCACCCCAGAAAUCUCACCAGUGUGCGCACUGUGAGAAGACAUUCAACCGCAAAGACCACCUGAAGAACCACCUCCAAACCCAUGACCCCAACAAAAUGGCCUUUGGGUGUGAGGAGUGUGGGAAGAAGUACAACACCAUGCUGGGCUACAAGAGGCACCUGGCCCUGCACGCGGCCAGCAGUGGCGACCUCACCUGCGGGGUCUGCGCCCUGGAACUGGGGAGCACAGAGGUGCUGCUCAACCACCUCAAAGCCCACGCUGAGGAGAAGCCCCCUAGUGGAACCAAGGAAAAGAAGCACCAGUGCGACCACUGCGAGAGAUGCUUCUACACCCGGAAAGACGUGCGGCGCCAUCUGGUGGUCCACACAGGCUGUAAGGACUUCCUGUGCCAGUUCUGUGCCCAGAGAUUUGGGCGCAAAGACCACCUCACCCGACACACCAAGAAGACGCACUCGCAGGAGCUGAUGAAAGAGAGUCUGCAGCCCGGAGACCUUCUGAGCACCUUACAUGCCAUCUCUCCCCAAUUCCAGCUCAAGGCUGCCGCCGCGCUGCCUCCUUUCCCGUUAGGAGCGCCCAUCCAGAAUGGGCUUGCAAGUAGCUUGCCAGCUGAGGUACAUGGCCACCCCCACAAUCCUUCAGAGCAGCCCCCUCAACCCAUGCAACAGCUGCCAGAGCCCCUGGCCCCCCUCCACCCCAUAGCAUCUCCCAGCUCCCCUCCUUCAGCCCUCCAGAAUCACAAGUACAACACCAGUUCUACCUCAUACCCCCCACUUGCAAGCCUGCCCCUCAAAACAGAAACUAAAGGAUUUUGCAAUAUUAAUUUGCUUGAGGACUUGCCUCUGCAAGAGCCUCAGUCACCUCACAAGCUCAGCCCAGGUUUUGAUCUGGUUAAGGGUAGUGCUGGUAAAAUAAACCUGCCCAAGGAGCUCCCUGCAGAUGCUGUGAACCUAACAUUACCUGCCUCUUUGGACAUUUCCCCUCUGUUGGGCUUCUGGCAGCUGCCCCCUGCUUCCCAAAAUGCCUUUGGGAAUAGCACUCUCACCCUGGGGCCUGGGGAGUCUCUGCCCCAUAGGCUAAGCUGUCUGGGGCAGCAGCAACAAGACCCCUCACUAGCCAUGAGCACCAUGAGCCUGGGCCAGCUCGCCCUGCCUCCCAUCCCUCAUGUGUUCUCAGCUGGCACCGGGCCGGCUAUCCUGCCUCAUUUCCACCAUGCAUUCAGAUGACUGGUUUUUAAGGCGAUCAGAUUCUGGAAGAUGUUUUUCAGGAGCAUUUAAGCAUCAGUUAAAAUACAAGGAACGACAUGGAAAACAGGACUGGGACUAUGGCUUAUUCAGUAAUGACUGCCUUUGAGAUAAAGUUCUUGAACUGCAUGUAUUGUGCCAAUCUGUCCUGAGUGUUCACGCUUUGUACCAAAUGUAAUAAGCAAGUAUUCUUUACUGGAGCGGCAACACGUAUUGUCAUGACCGACAUCCACGGGGCUGCUAUGGUUAGCUAUGGUUAGGUGUUUGUCAUAUUGAAUAUAAUCGUAAGCCAUGAUCAUCGUGUGUUAACUAAAUAACUUUCUGUGGCACUGCCUAGUAAGGAACUACGGACAAGUCUGGAUUUCUCCAAAAGGGGAGACUUUUAAAGAAAAUAACCUUUCUAUUGCAUACUCUACCUAGGCUGUGUAUUUCUUUUCAGGGAUUUUUCUACCUUCAGGGUUGGAUGUAGUUUAGUUACUCUUGUCAUAGCCAACCUGUAGUUUUCCAGAAACAAUUGCUUGUGGAAUAAUAGGCGUCUCCAUUUUAAAAAAGCAUUUUAAAUGUAGUUUGAAUAUUUUCCACAAGAUGCUACAAUGUGAGUUAUCACUUAUUCAUUUAUCUUAAAGACUAAGCUGGUCAGUUAUAGCUGACAGAAAAAAGAAAGAAAAAAAAAAAAAACACCGUGUAGCCAGUUAAGUGAUAAAAUAAUCCAGGCGUCAGUCAAGAAAAGCAUUUUGCUGACUUUAAUAUUGAUUAUAUUUUUAACAGGAAUAAGAAAAUAUUACUGGAAUUUAAAAAUAUAUAUAUUAAACAAGAAUUUUCUUUGCUCUGUCUGGCUUAAAAUACUACUCUGCUUUAAGUUCUUAAGUAUUAUUUUUAAUCAAUAAAU